CGACACGGAGGCGGAUAUAUCCGCCUUGCGCAGGCGCUGUAGCUUGACCUUCCUCUCGCGGCCUUGUACGCCGGGGGAUAAAUAAUUAGCGCCAUGCCGGGUACGGUAGAGCUCCCCACUCUACAGGAGCUUAAUAUUGAAGAGGUGAAUGUUUCAUCAGCGGUGCUGAAGGCAGCUGCCCACCACUAUGGCUCUCAGUGUGACAAACCCAACAAGGAGUUCAUGCUGUGCCGCUGGGAGGAGAAAGAUCCCAGGAAGUGUCUGGAGGAAGGCAGGAAGGUCAACGAGUGUGCACUGCAGUUUUUCAGGCAGAUAAAGACGAACUGUGCGGAGUCCUUCACAGAGUACUGGACCUGCCUGGACUACUCCAACCUGACGGAGCUGCGCCGCUGUCGUCAGCAGCAGUACGAGUUUGACAGCUGUGUCCUGGAGAAGCUUGGCUGGGAGCGACCCGGCUUGGGUGACUUGUCCAAGGUUACUAAGGUGCAGACCAGCCGGCCUCUACCUGAAAAUCCCUACCAUUCAAGGCCUCGACCCGAGCCCAACCCGGUCAUCGAGGGUGGUCUCCAGCCCGCCAAGCAUGGCAGCCGUCUAUUCUUCUGGAACUGGUGAUGUGACAUCAGCCGUGGAGCUCUCCACCCAAACAUGGGGGCUGGUACGGUUCAGAGAGGACUUUCCUGUUGUACCAUAUAGUGCUCUCCUGUCACCUGCAUAGCCAGGUUAAUAAAAAGAAAAACCUCUAAGUGUGUGAUGGAAUAAAGUUGUAAUUUAAACUGUU